CACCACCAUACAUACCCACGAUUCCCGUGCCAUUCCGUCCUGUUCCCUCUCUCCCGCCAUCCUCUUCAUGCUGCCUGGCGUUUGCUGAAGCCUUCACCCCAGGCACUCCCGUCGAGAGCUCACCACUGCUACGCGCUCGUCAGCAGCGUAUCUUUCUUGUCGACUGCCCACCUGCCCACGUUGGGGCCAAUUUCAUAUCAUCCUACCACGGUGGGAUCUCUGUGCUGUUAAAAUAUGGAUACGGGCACAUGGAAGGCGCCUCAGCAGCUCCCUGAGAGGCUACCUUUCUCCAAAAAGAAGAUCCCCAAGAAGGUGAUGCUAUCAUAUAUCCUCGACUAUGUCAUAAUAAUAGUCCUCAUUGCCGGCUUCUUUGCUCUCGACGCUGUUGAACCCUUCCAUCAACACUUCUCCCUACAAAAUUACACACUACAUUACCCAUAUGCCGAACAUGAGCGCGUCCCGGUGGCGUGGCUCGUGGUUAUUGCUUGUUUUGGCCCAGCGGUCGUUAUCGCCGUUUAUACCCUCGUAAUUGAUGGGCUCUUUUCACACCAGGUGUCGACAACAACGCCGGCGGGCAGGAGGAGGAAAUUGACAGGCAAAUACAGGAUGAAAGACAGACUCUGGGAGCUGAAUUGUGGAAUACUAGGGUUGGCUUUGGCUGUAGGCGCCUCGUUCGUCAUUGUUGGCGCUCUAAAGAAUGCAAUCGGCAAACCGAGACCAGAUCUAAUCGCGAGAUGUAAGCCCAAUACGCAAACCGAUCCUCCCGGGCUCAAGUUGUCAGAUCACAGCAUCUGCACUAACAAGGACAAUGCCGUUCUCAAAGAUGGCUUCCGAAGCUUCCCCUCCGGUCACAGCAGUACUGCCUUUGCUGGCCUUUUCUACCUCUCCAUCUACCUGGUAGGCAAAAUGCAUGUCCUGGACUCCAAGGGCGAAGUAUGGAAAACCUUCAUCAUUCUCAUUCCUACCCUCGGCGCCGCCCUAAUCGCCGGAUCCCGUAUCAUGGACGCCCGCCAUCACCCUUUCGACGUUCUUUCUGGUAGUGCUCUCGGCAUUCUUGUAGCAUGGGGAGCUUACCGCCAGUACUUCCCACCCGUAACAGAGCCCUGGAAGAAAGGCCGCGCCUACCCCAUUCGCGCCUGGGGCAAAGCGCCUGUCGCGCCCGUCCCAAUGGCCCAAGUAGAAGAAGACGUCCAGCCCCUCCAACCCCGUGCCUUGGACGCCGAGCGCGGCCACGCCUCCGGCUUCUCUUCACCCACCGCUGUCGUCGGCUCUGGAGAGACUGAACCCAAUACCAACGUCUUCCGCGCCCAAAUCUCCGCCUCUCAGCGCAGCCGCGAUGGCACCGCAUAUCGCGGGGCCCCCUCGUCCGCCUAUAGCACCGGUCCACCAGAACGACACAACACCAACGUCACUGCCUCCUCUACCUACACCGGUACCCUCCCCGCCUCAAAUCCCUUCGCGCCCCGCGACGUUUCCCAUGACCCCUACGGCUACUCCUCGUCCGAGGAAGACGACUCCUACGAGCUGCAGCCCACCUACACGCUCUCGAACCCGCACGGCGGGCCGCCUGUCGCUUACGACCCUGCGUUUGGCCACGGCCAGGACACGAGUUACCACGCGCAAGCUACGUCGCCGGUGCCGACUCCGCCGCCACUGGCUCCAACCGCGAGGAAACCGCUGGCUUCUGAUGCGAGUGGGGAUAUAGGAGAGGGCGGUGUAGCGCCACCACAGCCGCCGGUGCAUGCAGCAGGGACGACGGGGGAGUUUAGGGGCGUGCAGCUGACGGAGACGUAUGCGAAGUGAGAUGUUUGUGGAUGUUUCAAGCAGGCGGGAGUUCUCUGAUCAUAGCUUUCUUUUCAGUUGAAAUGGGGCCGAACAAGGCGGCGGUGUGCCAUACGGCUGCGUCGAAAAUGCUCGCUGGAACGGUGGCAGCGUCCGCAGUUUUGCUCUUCGUCACCGUAUACCUCGUCGGCAUUGAGUGCCUGCGGCAUUUGCUUCCAUUUGUGUGGAUGAGACACUAAGAAAUUGAGUAGAGAGAGGUGUAGAUGUAGGACAGUUGGUGAGAUAGGUGUCUAGUACGUGAGAGAUUGAUUUGUGGCUAGGGUUGGG